AUGAGGAGCCCUUGCUGGCUCACCCUGAAACCCGUCAGUUCUGUGACCCUUGGCUGCAUAUGGAUUUCUGUGGUGCACAGCACAGUUUUAAACAGCUGCCUGAAGUCAUGUGUCACUAACCUGGGCAGGCAGCUUGACAGUGGCACGCCAUACAAUCUGAGUGAGGUGUGUAUCCAAGGAUGUUGGUUUUGGAGCUCUGUAAAUCAGGAAAACUGUGCUUUAAAAUGUAAUGAUACCUAUGCCACCAUUUAUGAGAGGGAGUCCUGUGAGGUCGGCUGCAGCAGGGCAGAGGGUGCCUACGAAGAGGAAGUACUGGAAAACACAGAACUCCCUACAGCACCCUUUGCAUCCUCCAUUGGAAGCCACAGUGUGACCUUACGGUGGAAACCUGCCAACAUCUCUGGAGUAAAAUACAUCAUCCAGUGGAAAUACUCACAACUUCAAGGAAGCUGGGUAUACACUGAGACUGUGUCCAAGCUCUCGUACAUGGUAGAGCCCCUGCAUCCAUUCACCGAGUAUAUAUUUCGAGUGGUUUGGAUCAUCACAGCUCAGCUGCAACUUUAUUCUCCCCCAAGUCCCAGCUACAGGACUCAUCCUUAUGGAGUCCCAGAAACGGCUCCGCUCAUUAGGAACAUUGAAAGCUCAAGUCCCAACACUGUGGAAGUCAGCUGGGCCCCGCCUCAUUUCCCAGGUGGACCUAUUUUAGGUUAUAAUUUGAGGCUGAUCAGUAAAAAUCAAAAAUCAGAUUCAGGGACCCAGAGAACCAGUUUCCAGUUUUGCUCCACUCUACCAAACACCACCUACAGGUUUUCUAUUGCAGCCGUAAAUGAAGUUGGUGAGGGGCCAGAGGCAGAAUCUAUAAUUACCACUCCAUCCCCAGCAGUUCAAGAAGAGGAACAAUGGCUCUUUUUAUCCAGAAAAACUUCUCUAAGAAAGAGGUCUUUAAAAUACUUGGUAGACGAAGCACAUUGCCUUUGGUCAGAUGCUAUACACCAUAAUAUUACAGGAAUAUCAGUUAAUGUCCAUCAGCAAGUGGUUUAUUUCUCAGAAGGAACUCUCAUAUGGAGGAAGGAGAUAGCCAACAUGUCUGAUGUAUCUGACCUGAGAAUUUUUUACCGAGGUUCAGGAUUAAUCUCUUCCAUCUCCAUAGAUUGGCUUUACCAGAGAAUGUAUUUCAUCAUGGAUAAACUGGUAUAUGUCUGUGACUUAGAGAAAUGCUCAGAUUUUGAGGAAAUUACUCCACUCUCCAUUAUUGCACCUCAAAAAGUUGUGGUUGAUUCCUACAAUGGGUAUGUCUUUUAUCUCCUGAGAGACGGCAUUUACAGAGUCAAUCUCCCUGUGCCAUCUGCCAGGGACACCAGAGCUGUGCACAUUGUGGAGAGUGGCACAUUAAAGGACUUUGCCAUAAAGCCUCAGUCCAAGCGAAUCAUUUACUUCAAUGACACCACACAAGUCUUCAUGUCAACAUUUCUGGAUGGCUCUGCUCCCCAUCAUGUCCUGCCUUGGGUCCCGUUUGCGGAUGUGAAGAGCUUUGCUUGUGAAAACAAUGACUUCCUCGUCACAGAUGGCAAGGCUGUUUUCCAGCAGGACUCCCUGUCUUUUAAUGAGUUUAUUGUAGGAUGUGACCUGAGUCACAUAGAAGAAUUUGGGUUUGGCAACUUGAUCAUCUUUGGUUCAUCCAUCCAGUCACACCCUCUGCCAGGCCGCCCACAGGAGCUCUCGGUGCUGUUUGGCUCUCAUGAGGCCCUUGUUCAGUGGAAGCCUCCUGUCCUCCCCAUAGGAGCCAGCCCCUCUGCCUGGCAGAACUGGACUUACGAGGUGAAAGUUUCCACUCAAGACCUUUCUGAAAUCACUCAAGUUUUCUCUAACAUAAGUGGGACCACGCUUAAUGUACCUGAGCUGCAGAGUGCUACAAAAUACAAGAUUUCUGUGAGAGCAAGUUCUCCUAAGGGCCCAGGCCCCUGGUCAGACUCUUCAGUGGGUACCACCCUAGUACCAGCUGCUGAGCCACCAUUCAUCAUGGCUGUGAAAGAAGAUGGGCUUUGGAGCAAACCACUCGGUAGCUUUGGCCCAGUAGAGUUCCUAUCCUCUGACAUAGGAAACGUGUCAGACAUGGACUGGUAUAACAACAGCCUCUACUACAGUGACAUGAAAGGCAAUGUUUACGUGUGGCCACUGAAUGGAAUGGACAUAUCAGAGAGUUACCAUAUACCCAGCAUUGCAGGGGCAGGGGCAUUGGCAUUUGAGUGGCUGGGCUACUUUCUCUACUGGGCUGGGAAGACCUAUGUGAUCCAAAGGCAAUCUGUGUUGACAGGACACACAGACAUUGUGACUCACGUGAAGUUGUUAGUGAAUGACAUGGCCGUGGAUUCAGUUGGUGGCUAUCUGUAUUGGACUACACAGUACUCAGUUGAAAGUACCAGACUAAAUGGAGAAAGUGCUCUCAUACUACAGGCUCAGCCUUGGCUUUCUGGGAAAAAGGUUAUUGCUCUAACCUUAGACCUCAGUGAUGGGCUCCUGUAUUGGCUGGUUCAGGACAGUCAGUGUAUUCACCUGUAUACAGCCAUUCUUCGAGGACAGAGAGUUGGGGAUAUCACCAUCACAGAGUUUGCAGCCUGGAGCACUUCUGAGAUUUCCCAGAAUGCCCUGAUGUACUACAGUGGUCGACUUUUCUGGAUCAAUGGCUUUAAGAUUAUCACAGCACAGGAAAUAGGUCAGAGAACUAGUGUAUCUGUUUCAGAACCAGCCAGAUUCAAUCAGUUCACAAUUGUUCAGACAACCCUCAAGCCUCUACCAGGGAACUUUUCCUCUGCCCCUAAGGUUAUCCCAGAUUCUGUUCAAGAGUCUUCAUUUAAGAUUGAAGGACAUGCUUCAAGUUUCCAAAUUCUGUGGAAUGCUCCCCCUGAAGUGGACUGGGGUAUAGUUUUCUACAGUAUAGAAUUCAGUGCUUAUUCUAAGUUCCUGGCUAUUGAACAACAGACUUUACCUGUAUUUACUGUGGAAGGGUUGGAGCCCUAUGCCUUAUUUAAUCUUUCUGUCACUCCUUAUACCUACUGGGGAAAGGGCCACAAAACAUCCCUAUCAUUUCAUGCACCUGAAUCAGUUCCAUCAGCACCAGAGAACCCCAGAAUAUUUAUAUUAUCAAGAGGAAAAUACUUCAACAAGAAUGAAGUUGUGAUGGAGUUUAGGUGGAAUAAACCCAAGCAUGAAAAUGGAGUGCUAACAAAAUUUGAAAUUUUCUAUUGUAUAUCUAAACAAAGUAGCACAAACAAAACAACUGAAGACUGGAUUUCUGUCAAUGUCACUUCCUCAGUGAUGGCUUUUCAGCUUGAGGGCAUGAGCCAUGGAUACACUGUAGCCUUCCAGGUCCGAGUCUUCACAUCCAAAGGCCCAGGACCAUUUUCUGACAUUGUGACUUCUAAAACAUCAGAAAUCAAUCCGUUUCCUUACCUCUUAUCUCUUCUUGGCAACAAGAUAAUGCUUCUAGAUAUGGAUCAAAAUCAAGUUGUGUGGAAGUUUUCUGCAGAGGGAGAUGUCAGCACUAUGGGAUACAUUGCUAAUGAUGAAAUGGGAUAUUUCACUCAAGGAGAUUCACUUUUCCUUCUGAAUUUGCACAAUCGUUCCAGCACCAGGCUAUUCCAAGAUGCACUGAUUUCUGAUGUUGCAGUUAUUACAAUUGACUGGAUUUCAAGGCAUCUCUAUUUCGUGCUGAAGCAAUCACAACAUGGAACACAGAUAUUCGAUGUUGAUCUCGAACUCAAGGUGAAAUCCCCCAGGAAGAUGAAGAUUUGCAAAAGGAAUUCAACAAUAAUUUCUUUCUUUAUAUAUCCUCUUUUAAGUCGCCUGUAUUGGACAGAAGCUUCUAAUCUGGGCCAUCAAAUGUUCUACUGCAGUAUUACCAAUAAUACCUUGCACCGUGUUCUGCAACCCAAGGCUUCAAACCAACAUGGAAAAAGCCAAUGUUCUUGUAAUGUGACUGAAUCUGAGUUAAGUGGGGCAAUGACUGUUGAUACCUCUGGCCCAGAGAGAUCAUGGAUAUACUUUACCAAAGGUCAAGAGAUCUGGACCAUGGAUCUGGAAGGAUGCCAGUGUUGGAAAGUUAUCAUGAUGCCUGCCACCCUUGGAAAAGUAAUUGUUAGCUUAACGGUGGAUGGCAAGUUUAUAUAUUGGAUCAUUACAACAAAAGACAGCACACAGAUCUAUCAAGCAAAGAAAAGAAAUGGGGCUAUCGUCUCCCAGGUGAAGGCCCCCAGGAGUAGGCAUAUUUUGGCUUACAGCUCAGUUCUACAGCCUUUUCCAGAUAAAGCAUAUCUGUAUCUAGCUUCGGCUAUUGUGGAACCAACCUUACUGAAUGGGACAAACACCAGCCUCACACUCAGACUCCCUCCAGCCAAGACAAACCUCACACGGCACAACAUUUUCAGUCCCACGCCAACGUACGUGGUUUAUUACACAGAAGCUAAUGGCAGCAUACAGAGCUCUGACAGGAAAUACAGAAUGCUGGAAUCACAGGAGAAUAUAGCCCUUAUUGAAAGUUUACAACCAUUUUCAACAUAUAUGAUUCAGGUGGCUGUAAAGAAUUAUUACUCAGAUCCUUCAGAACAUUUACCUCUGGGAAAAGAGAUUUGGGGAAAAACUAAAAGUGGAGUACCUGGGGCUGUUUGUUACAUCAAUGCAACUGUGCUGUCAGACACCAGUUUCCAUAUAUUCUGGAGAGAAUCACAGAAGCCAAAUGGACCUAAGGAGUCAGUUCGCUACCAGCUGCUUGUGUCACACUUGGCUCCGAUUCCUGAGACUCCUUUAAGACAAAGUGAAUUUCCAAGCAGCAGGCUUGCUCUCCUUGUGCCUAGACUGUCUGGUGGACAGCUGUAUGUGUUGAAGGUUCUGGCCUGCCAUUCAGAGGAAAUGUGGUGUGCUGAGAGUCAUCCUGUCAUUGUCAAAAUGUUUGACACACCAGAGAAACCUGCCUUGGUUCCACAAAAUACUAGUCUGCAAUUAGAUUGGAAGGCUCCAUCUAAUGUUAACCUCAUCAGAUUCUGGUUUGAACUCCAGAAGUGGAAAUACAAUGAGUUUUACUGCAUCAAAGCUUCAUGCAGCCAAGGCCCAGCUUAUGUUUGCAACAUCACAGAUCUACAGCCUUCUACUUCUUAUAAUGUUCGUGUAGUGGUGGUCUAUGUGACAGGAGAAAACAGCUCCUCCAGUCCAGAAAGCUUCAGGACCAGAGCUGGAGUACCGAGUAAACCAGGCAUUCCUGAACUAUUAGAAGGGAGUAAAAAUUCAAUCCAGUGGGAAAAAGCUGAAGAUAAUGGAAGUAGACUGAUGUACUAUAUCCUUGAGAUCAGAAAGGGCAUUUCAAAUGAUUCACAGAACCAGGGUUUAAAGUGGAAGAUGGCGUUUAAUGGGUCCUGCGGCAGCAUUUGCACAUGGAAGUCCAAAAAUCUGAAAGGAACAUUUCAGUUCAGAGUAGUAGCUGCAAAUACUAUUGGUUUUGGUGAAUACAGUGGGAUCAGUGAGAAUGUUGUACUAUUGGAAGAUGGCUUUUGGAUACCAGAAACAAUUAUACUUACUAUCAUAAUUGGAGUAUUUCUGGUUGUUACAAUCCCAUUGACCUUUGUCUGGCACAGAAGAUUAAAAAGUCAGAAAGCUUCUAAAGAAGGGCUCUCAGUUCUCAUCAACGACGAUAAAGAGCUGACUGAGCUCCGAGGUCUGCCAGCUGGAGUGGGACUGGCCAACGCCUGCUAUGCCGUACAUUCUCUUCCAACCCAAGAGGAGAUUGAAAAUCUUCCUUCCUUCCCCCGGGAAAAGCUGACUCUGCGUCUCUUGUUGGGAAGUGGCGCUUUUGGAGAAGUCUAUGAAGGCACAGCCAUAGACAUCUUAGGAGUUGGAAGUGGAGAAAUCAAAGUUGCAGUGAAGACUUUGAAGAAGGGCUCGACAGACCAAGAGAAGAUUGAAUUCCUGAAGGAGGCACAUCUGAUGAGCAAGUUUAAUCACCCCAACAUUCUGAAGCAGCUUGGAGUCUGUCUGCUGAAUGAACCCCAGUACAUUAUUCUGGAACUGAUGGAAGGAGGAGACCUUCUGACUUACUUGCGUAAAGCCCGGAGGACAACGCUUCAUGGUCCCUUACUCACCUUGGUUGAUCUUGUAGACCUGUGUGUAGAUAUUUCAGAAGGCUGUGUCUACUUGGAACAGAUGCACUUCAUUCAUAGGGAUCUGGCAGCUCGGAAUUGCCUUGUUUCUGUGAAGGACUAUACCAAUCCUUCUAGGAUAGUGAAGAUCGGUGACUUUGGACUUGCGAGGGAAAUCUAUAAAAAUGAUUAUUAUAGAAAAAGAGGAGAAGGCCUGCUCCCUGUUCGGUGGAUGGCUCCAGAAAGCUUGGUGGAUGGUAUCUUCACUACUCAAUCUGAUGUAUGGUCUUUUGGAAUUCUAGUUUGGGAGAUUUUAACUCUUGGUCAUCAACCUUAUCCAGCGCAUUCCAACCUUGAUGUUUUAAACUAUGUGCAAGCAGGAGGGAGACUGGAGCCACCAAGAAAUUGUCCUGAUGAUCUGUGGAAUUUAAUGUGCCAGUGCUGGGCACAAGAACCUGACCAAAGACCCACUUUCUGUAAAAUUCAAGACCAGCUUCAGUUAUUUUUCAGAAAUAUUUCCUUAAGUGAUAUUUCUCAGUGCAGUUAUGAGCCAAAUGCCAGUGGGGCCGUCAAUGAAGGCUUUGAAGGUAAUGAUGACAGUGUGGUUGCUCUGAAUUCAAAUGAUGUUACUCCAGUUGCUUUAAUGGAAACCAAGAACCGAGAAGGGUUAAACUAUAUGGUACUUGCCACAGAAUGCAGCCAAGGUGAUGAAAAUUCUGAGGGUCCUUUAGGUUCCAAGGAAUCUGAGUCCUGUGGUCUGAGGAAAGAUGAGAAGCAACCACAUGCAGAUGAAGAUUUCUGCCAAGAACAAGUGGCUUAUUGCCCUCCUGGCAUGCCUGAAGGCCUGAACUAUGCCUGCCUCUCUCACAGUGGACUUGGAGAUGGGUCUGAUUAAUAGCGCCUCCUAGGGUAUACAGCAUUGAGAUAAAUGUCCUGUUAAGUAGUCACUGGCAGAAAAAAAUAAAGAU